AUGAUGUUAUAAGCACAAAAUAAAGAAAUAACCUAAAGUAUGGUUAGGUUUAAAUUUUACAACUUUAACUUUUCCUCUCUAAAAUAAUCAACAAACUACAAUUUCAGUGUCUGAAAAUGAACACAAAUCGCAUCCAAAAACUACUUUUUAAUGAGUAUUCAGAUUUUGAGGACGUUGUUCUUCUUGAGAGUCCAUUUACAGAAACAAGUGAGGAUGGGAGAGGACUGAGACAAGUGCAAAUGGGCCUUACCACCACCAAGCUAAUACUAGCUACUGACAUCAUAAAAAGCUAUGACAACAAUGGAACGUCAUUCGCCUACUGUUUGGAAGCCGGUCGCAUUGGAAUCGACCCUGAAAUCGAGAGUUUAGAACUGGUGUCACUGUUCCCAGUCGAGGUGGUCAACCUCUCAGUCUACCAUCGUAAAACCCGCCACACUCUGAAAGCGCAUUUCUGCAACGACACCAUUUUGUACUUCGAACUCAGCGGCAGUGAGAAACGCAACAUGUUCUGGAAUCUCUGGUUGGAGCGGAUCAACUUCCUAUCGCCUGAUAACGACCACAGCUCGGUUAGUUCGGAGUCGUGUGGAGGGUCCACUGCGAGCACUAGCACACUCUACAUUGUGGGUAGUCAACUGAAUGUGAUGGAACCUGGACGGGCUCAGUUGCUCUGCUAUUACAAUCAUGAACCUGCUGUGAGUUUUGGAAAAAGAAUUUCAAGUUUCAAAAGCGACACAAACUUGGACCACAGGAACAAACAGUCAUUUAGUAAAAGUACUGCAGAUACAUCAUCAUCGUUUAGAUCUAGACAAGACCUAGAUUACCACAAGAAGAAAAUUAUGGGAAAAUUGGAAGAUUACACUAGAGUUUGCAAGUCUUCUGCAAGUUUGUAUGAGAAGUUUCUAAGUGAUGAGAGUUUGGGUGUUGCUUUGGAAUCAGAAUUUGAUGUGGACGUUAGAAAUACUUGGGAUUCAAGUAGCAUCUAUGAGAGUUUGGAUUUCUAUGAACUGAUUGAAUCCUCGAUACAGCUGUGGGAAAGCGGUUUAAAAAAGAAGAAACAUCUGAGAAGAUACGCGUUUUCUCCUAAGCCACAUUUUUUACACGGUUUGGGACCUUGGAAGCUGUCGAAAGGUGACACAUACUCUGUGCAAGUCAAACGGUCUGUGUCGUUGGUAAAUAUCCAACGUCAACCAUCCGACAAAUCUCUACAUGUCAAUGUAUCUAAACGACAACUCACCAACACUAUUUCCUGUGAGGCGCUGCACGUUAUGCCUGAACAGAACCAUUCGUUUUGCAUGGAUUCAAAAAUCCUGAGCCCCACUAGUCCCGUCGUAUUUUUCUGGACUACAAACUACUGGUACCGGCCUCAGUCAGCCUCCGCCGCCUAUGGUGAACUCAGAAACCAUCUGGAAAGUUUGAAAAAGUUGCAGGAUAAGGGGAACAAAACACAGAAACAAGUUAGGAGAAAAGUUAGAGGUGUACGGGGGAGGUUGAGAAGAUCUGAUGAUACAAAAAUAGUGGAAGCGGUGGAUGUAGGGACGGAGAAGAUGAGGAAAUUGUCGUCCACCAGUUGUACAAUAGAUUCUGAGCUGGAGUUCUGUGCGUGUGGCAAAACUGGUGGGAGCUCUUCAAUGAUCUCACAUACUAAAAACUCGUCGAGAGUGAAAAAUACUUGUUCCACACAAAAUGACUACUUCUCAACCAAAAAACCAAACUCCCCCACAUGUCCUGUGUCGUUUUUGAGACAAAUCUUGAAACUUAAACAAAAUUUCACAAUGUGGGACUUCCCCACACAAAUCCUCGCACACCAACUGACAAUGAUUGACAGGAAUCUUUUCCUGCGGGUUUCAGUUCGUGAAUUGGGUGCAUUAAUUGUGCAGCAGUGCAGUAGGAAUGCACCGAAUAUAAGUGCAUUGGUUGCAUUUUCGCAUCGCAUAUCGUGUCUUGUGACAACUGAAGUUCUGAAGGAGCAGACUGUGCAUAUGCGAGCGCGCUCUAUUGCCAGAUUUGUUGAUAUUGCUGACGUGUGCUUGCGGUGGAAGAACUUCCAGUCCACACAGAGUAUAUUGUAUGGUCUUUGCAGUCCUCCUAUUUACAGGUUAACAAAAACCUGGGCCUACCUGCGCCACCACCACAGUAGUACCAACCGUCGCAUGAUCGAGAUGUGUCAGCAGUUCCGCGACGCACGCUUGCCAACCUCGCAGCUGAUUUUCACCGACGGCGCUGCCAGCCCUCCAUUCCUGCCUUCGGUUGCUCACGUGAUGACACUUCUGCUCAACCGCAUCGAAGACUAUCCCGACACUCUGCUCAGAAGACACUGUUCGAAGGCAACGACCCGAAAGCAGGAGACUUUGCAGGCUCUGAAGGCACAUAAUCAACGAAAGGUGGUGCCAAGUUCGAUUAGAAGAAUAUUUUCGGCAUUCAGAUUCCAACGUUCUGAAAGCAAUUUGGAGAACAACGAGAAGAAUGAAAGGAAAAUUCAAGAUGAAUCACAAAAUUGCAACUCUGAUAGUUGUGAAUCGACAUCAAUCGAAUCAAAACUGAACGGCCUAAUUGCUCCUAUCCUGGAUAAGUUCGAAGUUGACAGUAAACUCCAACAGUUUGAAUCGAUUUGCUUUUCUCUGUUACAUUGGCAACGCGCAGCAAUGAUGUACAGUUUCAAAGGCAGCGACAACGCAAUCGAGUAUCUUCUGAAAGCUCGAUACCUUGAGGAGAGAGAAAAUUUUCAAAUAUCUUUGAACAAAGAAAAACAUUAAAAUUUUUUUGUAUCCCACUAACUUUAUAGGGUUCUAGCUUCAGCAACGGUUCUUCUUCUUCUACUUUUUAUAGUUGGAGAUGUUUCCUCAGAUUAAUUUCUGAAUGAAGUCUCUUCAUUUAGAAGAAUUGAGAAUGAAUUACAAUUAAUGAAAUUCUUUCUUUAUUGAAAGAAUUUAGCCAAUUGUUUACUUGAAUUCAAGUAAUCAUAACCUCAGUUUGAUUCAAUUAAGAUUCUCUACAAUCAAAUUCAUUGAAUGAAUAAUCAAUAUGGAGACUCAAUUUUUCAAAGAUUUUCUCUGGAUAUUUGGAUAAGUUUAUGGAUCCAUUAAUCCAUUUUAUGCCGAUAUCUUUGUUACAAUUAAAGCAGUAAUGAACUGUAACUGAAUGUUGACUCAUUUCAUAAUUAUUUUUAUUUAAAGUGAAAAGUACAAGGUGCUUUUAAUUUUUUAAUAGAUGAUUUGUUGAUAUUUACAAUGAUGAAGGAUAAAUGUACUGCACCU